GGGUAAAGCCUGUUCACAGCCACCUUGGUGGCCAAGACAGCCACACGUUGCCUUGUAAGCAUAACAUUAGCGGAGGGAUACACCAGUUCUUAUUGUUUACCUUUCGUCCUGCAACCAUGAAUUAAUAAGAGAAUUUUGUAUUUGUAUUAAAUAGUUAUGGGAAAAUUUUGUUUUUGUGCCGGAUGUAAGGCGGGUUAUCCAUCAAACAAUUCAGAAAGAAAAACAGCUUCCUAGUAUUAGCAUUUUUAAAGCUCGGAAUAUAAGUUUUUAAUUAUGAUUUCGUUUAUUAGCGUCGAAAUAAGCUUUUACUUUUGAUACAUUUUAAAUAUCCCCUAAAUAUCUUUGUUUACAUUUUGCUCAUUAUAAUUUAGAAUUGUUUUUUAAUAUAUUUGUUUUUAAUCUUCCAAAGCUUAGUCCUACAUUGUAACCUAACAUUUUCGCCUCUAGGCGGCACUAAAGAGCUACGAGGGGCACGUUUUGGCGGUUAAAUUGAAGUUUAUAAAAAACAUUCGGCGUUGUAAUAAAAAUUUAUUAUUGUGUUUAAAAUACUAGCUUAUUAUGCCAAGAAUUUGUUUUUGCCCUGGUUGCAAAACGGGGUACACAGCAAACAAAAAAAAAUUGAAGAAUGAAGGAAAAAAAGUACCACCGUUAUUCGGUACACCAAAGGACCCUGAUCUGUUUGAAAUGUGGAAAAAAGCUAUACCUCGUGCUGAUAGAAUGCUAAGGCCCACGGAUUUUGUCUGUGAACUACAUUUUAAAAAAGAAGAAAUUUUAAAAUAUUUUGAAACUAAAUUGCCUAAUGGAGUUAUUCAUCGUAUAUUACGAGGCCGUAAAGGGCUUGUACCAGGUGCUAUUCCAAGUAUUUUUCCUAACGUUCCUGGGCACUCUACAUUUGUAGAAAAUAGAGCAACAAAAUUAAAGGAAAAAAUUGUGAAACGCAAGAAAAUUUCAUGUCCAAAAAAGAAAAAUGAAACAAAGAAGAAAAAUGACUCUUCACAUCAAACAGGGAAAGAAAAUAUUUUAAUGGAAGUUAUAGUUGUACAACCUUUACCAGAAAAUUCUGCUGCCACACAACCAUCUCAUUUACGGGAAAAUCAAAAUGUCAAAGUAGCAAACUCUUCUCUUUCUAUUUUAGAAAAACAUACCAGGCCUGAAUCAGAUGCACCAGCUUCUUGUUUAUUUUUUGAUGCAAUCGCUGUGAAUUCAAGGCAAAAUGUAUGUAAUAAGAUCUUGACAGAAUUUCCUUCAGCUGAUAAGCUAACCAAGAACUAUAAUGAGCAAAACAGUUCUGUUACAAACGUAACUGAAUCAUAUGUGCCUGAUGCACUGACUGAUAAUUAUUCUAAACAAAAUAGUACUGAUAGAACCAUAACUGUAUCAUUUGUGCCUGAUAUUCAAACUGAGAAUUAUUCUAAACAAAGUAGUUCUGAUAAGACUAUAAUUGAAUCAUCUGUGCCUGAUAUUCUGACUGAGAAUUAUUCUGAACAAAAUAGUCUUGAUAAAUCCAUAGUUGAAUCACCUGUGCCUGAUGCACUAAUUGAGAAUUAUUCUGAAGAAAAUAGUGCUGAUGGAACUAAAAUUGUAUCAUCUGUGCCUGAUAUUCGAACUGAGAAUUAUUCUAAACAAAAUAGUUCUGAUAGAACCGUGACUGAAUCAUCUGUGCCUGAUGCACUCGCAGAUCAUAGUACUUGUGAAGUAAUUAUGACUGAAUAUCCUACUUAUGACACUCACCCAGAUGAUUUAUCUGACCAAAGCAAUGAUAAUGUAACUUCCGCUAAACCCACAGUAAGUGAUGCUGACCGAAUCAUUUGCGAUAAAAUUAGGGCUAAAAUUAGUAAAAUUUUAUCAGAACCUGACAUUGAAGAACAAGUUUCUUUUGAUUUCAUAAAAGCUAAUCUAGAUAUGUUUGAAACAACAGAUUCCUGGUGGAGAGUGAACGCGUUUAAUAACUUUAUUGUGUUUAGUCGAUGGAAUUCUGAUUAUGCUGUAGAUAGAAGGAUAGUGAUUACUAAAGACCUUGCUGUAAAAGUUUUCCUGAUGGAUAGAGAAACUACAAUUGGACGGGAUAUGGAAAAGUUCUCCAUCUAUGACAUUGCAAAGCUUAUUUACAGAGUUGAGAAUUUGAAAUUAUGUAGUGGAAUCGAUAAAAAGGACAGAAAUUGUGCAGGAUUUUUACAAAGUGUAUUCAUGUGCAAAAGACAUAAUUUGUGCCUAGAUUGCAUAAAGUGGAGAAAAGAAGAAGCGAAGGAAGCAGUCAAACGGUUAAAAGAAUCUCCAAAUUGCAUUGAGCUACUUAAUUUUAAUUUAAUCACUUAGUGUUUCUUUUUAAAUUUUUAUUUAAGUUUUGAAACAUUUGUAUGUUAUGCAAAGUAUUGCAAAGCAUAUUCGGUAUUUGCAUUGCAUUUGUAUGUAAAAGAUUUACGAGUAAUUUUGUUGUAUUAGUUUUUUUCCAUUACUAUGAAAUUAGAUUUAUUGUUUAUAUUUUUAUGAUAAUCUUGUUAUUAAACAAAUGUUCAUUAUUUUUGUGCAUGACUGCGCAAUAAGCUUUCAAGUUAUGAUCGGUUGAAUAGUUAUAUAUAUUUAUACAGGGUGAUUCUAAAAAGAUGGGCAAAAUUUUAGGAAGUGAUAGUACACACCCAAGCAAACAAUUUUUAUCAAAGAAUGCAUGGUCGAAAACAAAACGCAAAGCCGCUAGAGGGCAACAAAGUUUAUGUUCUUAUAUGAGGCAAAAACACACAACAAACGAUGAAGUUUAGAUAUAAAGGCAAAUUUAAUGGCAUGUGAUUACAAUAAGUGUUCAAAACAGUGGCCGACAGCGGCUAUGCAUGCAGUACAACGGCGAAGAAAAGAUAGGCGAACAUUAUGAAACACACCAGGCAUAUCACGAACUUUCCUUGCAGCAGCCGAAAGCUUGGCGACAAGUAACGCAGCGCAGUAACUCGCAACAGGAAUGGAGCUUUUACGUUUGCAUCAAACAACUUUCCAAAUGCGCCAGCACCUUUGCGUUUUGUUUUCGACCAUGCAUUCUUUGAUAAAAAUUGUUUGCUUGGGGGUGUACUAUCACUUCCUAAAAUUUUGCCCAUCUUUUUAGAAUCACCCUGUGUAUAGGAAUCUGAGCUUGUAAAAUAUUAUAGUUUUUCCAUUAUAACUAUUUGCCUUGUUUAGAUUGCUUUAACUGUUUCACUGGUAUUGUAAUGUGACAGCUUAAACUUCAUCCUAAUAUACUUUCAACACCUCUUAUUAUAUUAAUAAAAGUUAUUACAGAUUUU